AUGGCACCUCAAGAUAGCUUCAUCGAUGAUGAAGAGGAGACCUGCCCCCUUUGUGUCGAAGAGUUCGAUCUGUCAGACAAGAACUUUCGGCCAUGUCCUUGCGGAUAUCAGAUAUGCCAGUUCUGCUUCAACAAUAUCAAAACGAAUCUAAACGCUCUGUGUCCUGCUUGUCGAAGACCGUACGACGAAAAAACGAUAGAAUGGAAAGUCGUUUCACCUGAAGAGCAAGCACAGUUUCGAGCCAACAUACAGAAGAAUGCGAAAAAGAAGGCCGAGCAGCGACAAAAGGAAGCGCAGAAGCGAGAAGUCGAAAACCUUAACCGAAAACAUUUAUCCGGACUUCGAGUUGUACAGCGAAACCUUGUGUACGUUGUCGGACUCAAUCCACAUAUCCCAGAAAAAGAUUUAUUAGGUACCCUUCGAGGUGAGGAAUAUUUUGGGCAAUACGGCAAGAUUUUGAAGAUCGUUGUAAGCAAAUCAAAAUCGGGAGAAAGUCCGCAGAACAGUCAGGGGCUAGGAGUCUAUGUCACAUUUGCUCGAAAAGAGGAUGCUCAAAGAUGUAUAGCGGCCGUUAAUGGGUCUCAAAACGGCGAUCGCGUCUUGCGAGCACAACUGGGAACGACUAAGUAUUGCUCUGCGUUUUUACGGGGCGAAACAUGUACAAAUAAGCAGUGCAUGUUUCUUCAUGAAGAUGGCGACAACGAUGACAGCUACUCGCGGCAAGACUUGUCCUCACUCAAUAGCGUCAAUACUCAGCGCCCCUUGCAAUCGAUCGCAUCUUCUUCAGCUUCCUCGUCUCGACAGAUUGCGCAGAUGCAGGCACCUAUACAGCAAUCACAACCUGUUGCUGCAGCUUCGCAGCCUAUGAUGAGGGAGUCGAGUAAGGAUGGUUCUGAUAGCGGUGAUGGUUCUGCCCUCCCUUCAUCUGCUAGUUGGGCGAACCGGGGUGUUCAACAGCAAAGUCGGAGGGGAAGCCAUGCCACGAGUGGAGCGACAUCGAGCCCCGCAGUCUCUCAGGCCAUUCCCGCUACCGCUGAGAUCGUUGAGGAAGACCCAGAAGUCGUACCUGAACCAUCACAACCUCAAUCAACCUCCGAGAACGUGUCUGCUGGACCACCAAAACCCGAGAGAGAUCCGAUAUUACUAAAUCUGUUAAAGUCUAUUAACGAGCCGGAUUUGUUGUUUAGCGUUCCUACGUCCUUACAGGAGCAUGGCGCUUCAUUUCCACCUCUUUUCGAUGCAUUCGGUGGCGAAAAACGAGCCGCAAGAAAGCAACAACUUCAAGAAGAAGAAGCUAGACUUCGUUUGGAAGAAGAAUCCGUGGAAGAAGAGCAAGUCAUCUCGGAGCCUGUUGAAGAGGAUGAGCCCGAAAGUGGCAGCUAUCAGCUUGGUGGGGAGCCUGAAGAUCGGGAUGGCCAUAGAGAAGUUCCUACGUUUCAACGACAAUCAAGUGCGCAGCUCCCUAUUCAAAGAACACACAACGGCCCGGUUGGUGCUCCCGGUAAUUUCCCCCGAAAUUUGACCAAUCUGAACUCGAUAAAUGGGCGGGCCAUGACACCACAGCAACAACAGUUGAUGUUAUCGACUUCUCUACAUCAGCAAUCCAGUUUUAUGGAUCAAUAUUCGCCGAGUAUUGGAAGCCAGUCCACGCAAAACUCUAGCUUGUUCCAGCAGCAGGGUCACAAUCGGCAAUCUUCUCGAUACAACUUUGCGACUGACAAUAGCUCGAAACCAUUGGCAAAUUCUAAGAUGAUGGCACAACAAGCAUCAAUGAUGCCGAGUCAUCAAGGUUCAAAUCAGUUCUACGGCUCCUCGAUUCAGGGCCCGCCACCAGGCUUAAAAUCAACGGGCACGCCUCCCAUUGGCGGCAUGUUUGGUCAAGGCCAUGCAUUUGGAGGCUCUAUGGGUGCAGCAUUCGGCGCCAAGGAGAACAGCAAUGAGAUGCUUCGGGAGAUGCUUCGAGCACGUGGUGCGAAUAUUGGUGGUGGUCAGUCUCAUGAUACAGGCAAGCGUGAGUUUAUGUUUCCUAAUUUUAAUCAAUCGUACCCAUCCACCUCCUCCACCCCAGCCCCUGCUUCGUCUUCAGGCCUUGUGGCAUCGCUCUACGCUCCCCAAAGCGGUUCAGCAUUCCAUGACUAUAGCCAGAAGCAGAAGAAGAAGGGAAAGAAGCACAGACAUGCUAACACUUCCUCCUCUGGGGGAGGUGGCUUAGUCGAUCUUGUGGACCCAAGUAUUUUGCAGGCGAGAAUGCCACACCAACAACAGAGCAAUGCUGGAGUCGGGCAGGGACUAUUCGGUGGUCAGGCUCAAGAUGAUCAGAAUCUUCCCUUUCCCGACGAAGCAACGCUAUCCGUCGAUGCUCUCGUAGCCGACAGCAUAGCUGACAGCACUGCCGACAAUUUUGGAAUGCGGCUCUCCGACGUGUAUGAAAUGGUCAACUCACGCUCUUCGACACCUACAGUACCACCUGGGUUCAGCCUGCCGCAUGCCCAUCCUCAACCACAAUCACAAGAACCUGCAAUAAAGCCACCCUCGAGGAUUGUACCUAGCGCGGCUCCUUUCACACCAUCGCGGUCCUCUUCGUUCAUUCCAAGGACUGCUACCCCGCUGUCGAACGUUGUGACGCCAGAGAUCCUGAAAAAGCCCCUGGCGGAGAGCUCCGCUUCACAGGCAAAGAAGGACGUUAAAGCUCUUGCUACCAACACUGGCUUAUCCAAGGCAAUAGUUUCGCAAGCCUCACAGUCGCUUCAAUCCGAAGAUUUCCCUGCACUUACCUCUGGGACAGCAAAAGCGCCCGCAACACCAACUGCCAGUAAAGCAAGUGCUGCGAAACCUCCAGUUACCCCUGCCAUCAAGAAAACGACCGCAGUCACUACACCGGGUCCGUCCACGACCCUCGCUACGGCACCAAAAAGUGAGAAGCGUACACAGCCUGGCAUUCUUAACAUUUCAGUACCAUCAAAGCCUGCAGUAAAGCCGGUGCCUGUUGUAGAGACUCCAAGCAAACCCAUGAUAGCAACGUCCGCUUUUCCUCCGCUGCCUCCAAGUACGCCUUCAGUAUCAGCUGCGCAGUCCCCUUUGACCCGGAACACUCCAAAGACGUUACGCCUGGUUCCAUCCAAAGUAGAAAAGCCAGACACGCCAACUACUGGAAAUGCGACUCCAUCAUCCGUGACUUCGGUUGUCCCGCCACCUGGACCCACUAGGCAAGCAAGUCUUGCCUCGAUUUCGAGACAUGAGCGUCCUGGGACUCCCACCAGUGAAGCAAUAUCUGAUAAUGCCUCAGUCACAUCUGCUUCCAUCUCAAGAGCGAGCUCACCACCACCAUCUAAGGUUGGAUCUGCUCCUGUAAGAACCACAACAAAGAGCAUGCAAAAGAAGCAACGCCAAUUGGAGAAACAACGAUCCGAGGCCGAGGCCGCUGCGAUUGCAGCUGCUGCAAAGGCAGAACCAGAAGUGAUUGCGCCUAUUAUGGGCCGCAAGAGAAAGCAACAAAAGGACAAGCAUAACAUUCACAGCGCAGCGGGUGGUUCGACCCCUGCUCAAAGCCGGCCUGCGUCGCCUGGUCCCGUGGACAGAGUGCAAGAAGAGUCCAGCAAGCACAGUGACAAGAAUGAUUCAAACCUCAAUGAGAAGGCAAAGACUACUGCUGUUGAGUCUGAAGCUGAAGUUACUAAGCCUUCGAUCAAAAGCAAGGGAAAGAAUAAACAACGCGGCCAACAGCACGUACCACCUCCACCUACCGUCGAGCCGGCUCAUGAGGCUGAGGAAGAAGCCGAGCAGAGUGCUGUUGAUUCCAGUAAACCACCUACCGUACCUACUCCAGCAACAAUUCUCGAAGAGCUUAUAGCUGAUGAGGAAAUUCCCGAUGCCAAUCAUCUAGCCUUUUUGAAGCCGCCCUUGAGCUCAGUCAAGUUAUCCUCACCAGCCGAGGCCGAGAGUCAAGGACCUCUCCAGAAGCUAAUCAUUACCCCAGAGGAUAGAGCCACUCUAUCGGAUGGAAAGCCUGUCCAUAAGAACCGAGGAACUGCCCAUCCAACCAUGCUUACGCCUAAUGGAGACUACCUGAGAUACCUGACCCCUGAGGAAGAGGAGCGGUAUCUUACACUACAAGAGAAACUAGCGGAAGACGCAGGACCAAGCGCGUUUGUCUCCGCAAAACAUCAUGCUAGCAAUGGCUUCACCUUGAUCGGAGGUCGUGCUGUACCGAAUGGACCUCCUUCAUUCUUUCCAACACCAAAGAGUAACGGCGUUACCCUCGACCCUGUCAGCAAAAUCCAGCGCGACGAAGCAUUGAGCUAUAUCAACCAAUAUGUUCUACCGUCUCUGUCUACCAAUUCGCAACUCGAGAAGGCACUCAACGCAAACGCUCUUGACGCGGAAAUGCUCAGAUCUGCCGAUCCCUCGAGCUUUCCAUCUUGGGGAAGUGAUCCUGGUGGUCCACGUGCUGGAAGUAGCCAUGAUGGAUCUGGCCAAGAAGGCAUAUUGGCCACAGGUCUUGAAGGGAUGACUGCGCAUUUUGCAGUUGGUCGAGAUGGUGACAGCGGUCGUCCGCUUGGAAACGUUUCCUUGCUGAGUCUCCCUGAUGCCGAGACUGGUAUGCAAGCAGCCAGAAAGGAAGCAGAGAUUAUUGAGAAGAAGUUGCAUGCGUUGGUGAAGAAGAACAGACGGAUCUUGUUGGGUUCCGGUCAUUGA